UCAUCUAGCUCUCUUCACUUCACUGUACAGUCACAGACACACAAACACUCUAAUACCUUCACACACAAAAACGCACUUCCCCCAUUCUUGUCCAAACUCCCAAAGCUUCUCUCCCCAAUGGAACCCCCACCAUUACUCCUCACUCUCCUCCACCUCCUCCUCCUCUCCUCCACCACCCUGUCCGCCACCACCCCCAACACCACUCACUCCCGCCCCCCAACUCCAUCCCCCAACACCACUCACUCCCUCCCCCCAACUCCAUCCCCCACUUCCUCUCCAACCCCCACCACCCCCUCCGCUCCUUCCUCAAAAGGCUCCUCUUCUCUAGACCCCAAACAAGUAAGAGCCCUCCAAUCCCUCAACAUCCCAACUUCCAAAGACCCAUGCACUCAGCUCCACUCCAACACCACCCUCUGCGACGCCGCCAAGCCCUUCCGCCACCUCCUCUCCCUCACCCUCGCCAACUGCUCCGACGACGUCGCUCUGUCCUUCACCGCCCUCAAGUCCCUCUCCACCCUCCAAUCCCUCCACUUCCUCAACUGCCCCAUCGCCCCCAUUCGCUUCCCCGCCGAUCUCCUCGCCUCCCUCCACUCCUUCUCCGCCGUCAGCAGCCUCCGCCACCUCACCGGCGUCUGGCUCUCCCGCCUCCAGAACCUCACCGAUCUAACCGUCUCCAACGUCCAAGUCAAUGCCAGUGGCCCUUUCGUAAUUCUCGGCAACUUGAAGAAGCUCAGGUCCGUCACCAUCUCCCAUGCCAACCUCACCGGUAAUGUUCCCAAACACUUGAAUCUCAACUUGACCCAGAUCGACUUUUCGGGUAAUAAGCUCGAGGGAAGAAUACCCAGUUCCAUUACUAUACUCGAAAACCUCGAAAGCUUGAAUCUUUCUUCCAAUACACUCAAUGGCGAAAUACCCACUUCGUUUGGGGACCUCAUAUCCCUCAGAAAUGUCUCCCUUGCUUCGAAUUUGCUAUCUGGGCCGAUACCCGAGUCGAUUUCAGCCAUUCCCGGCUUGGUUCAUCUUGAUCUGAGCUCGAAUCAGCUCAAUGGCACAAUCCCCAAGUUCCUUUCGGAUAUGAAGAGCUUGAAAUUCUUGAAUCUGGCCAACAAUAACUUCCAGGGGGUCGUUCCUUUCAAUGUGUCAUUCAUUAGUAAGUUGGCUUUGUUCAAGAUUAGUAGGAACAGCAAUUUGUGCUACAACCAUUCGGUUCUUUCGUCGAAAUUGAAGCUCGGCAUUGCUCCCUGUGAUAAACAUGGGCUGCCAAUGUCGCCUCCUCCGGCGAAAGAGGAUAGUUCAGCGGAUGACAGCAGUGAUUCGGAUUAUGAUGACAGUGAUGGGGAUAGUUCCCAAAACCAGGAUCAUCAUCAUGGGCCUAAUAAGGUAGUUCUUGGUGUGGCAAUUGGGCUUUCUUCCCUUGUCUUCCUCAUAGUUUUCUUGAUUCUUCUAUCAAAGUGGUGUGGGUGAAGUUGAGCUAAUCAAGUGAGUUGUUUGUUGUGAUUAAUUUCAUUUGUCUAGGAGUUUAGAGAUUAAUUAGGCAGUAAAGAUUGAAUUUUGAUUUAAUUUAUUAUACUUGGUGAUGAGGAGGGAGGAAGAGUAGAUGGGAAGGUGACAGAACAAAAAGAGGGAGAGUGAUAAUUGAUUUGGAGUGUUCUAUUUUUAUCACUGCUCUGAUGGGGUUGCUGGAGAAAAAGAGCAGUUUGUUUUUUCCAUUAUUACCUACUUGAACAGUUGAAUGUAUUAUUUCUUUGCCAUCAUUUAUGUAUUUUUCUU